GAUACUGGCAGCAUUGCCAGCAGUACCUGAGAGACACAGAGUGUCCAGGGGACAUAACAGUGGCGACGAGGAUUGUGGAUUUUAGCACACAUGGCCUUCAUAGGGUUUAUUCAACCAUUUGAUCCUGCAGCUGAGUCAUGGAUCUCCUGGGUGGAGAGGCUGGAACAGUAUAUGGAAGCAAAUAAUGUGACUGUUGAAAAGAAAGUUGCAGUUUUUCUCACUGCAUUGGGUCAAGCUGCAUAUGGAACCCUCAGAGACCUUGUUUCUCCAGACAAGCCAGCCUCUAAGUCCCUGCCUGAGUUAAUUCAGACGCUACAUACACACUACAACCCGAAGCCGUUAGAAAUCGCAGAGCGGUUUAAAUUCUACAGUAGAAGGCAGCAGGCCGGGGAGGAUAUAAAGACAUAUAUCAUUGCUUUACGUAAACUAGCUGCCACUUGUCAGUUUGGAGACUACCUACAGACGGCUCUCCGUGACAUGUUCGUCAUGGGACUCUGCGACCCAGCCAUACAGAAACGUUUACUCACAGAACCCGACUUGACUCUGACGAAAGCCACUGACCUUGCUACGGUCAUGGAGUUGGCAACACGGGACGCCACCCUACUGAAGGCACCACCUACAACUCCUGCAAGCCAGUGUGAGGAAAUAUUCCACACCGCUAUCACUCAACGCUCGAGACGCCCGUCCCCUGCCACUCAGCUUAAACCUCGCCACCCUAAUUCUUCUGUCUCUGGGACCCCGACUUGCUACCGUUGUGGUAACACUACUCACAGUGCGCCUGCUUGCAAGUUCAAGGAUGUCGUUUGUUUUCGCUGUGGAAAGACUGGUCAUAUUGGGCGCGUUUGCCGCAGCUCUCGCUCCCCGAACACUACCACAAAAGAUAGACGUAAACAGACAUUCCGUGUGGAUAUGGACAAUAACGGUUUUAGCUCUGAUGAGGAGACAUGUGUCCAGCAUGUUGGACUGUUUCAAGUAGCUGGGAGUACUCCUGCGAUUAAAGUGGAUGUCACACUCAAUGGCUGUCCUGUCUCCAUGGAUGUUGAUACAGGGGCAGCUGUGUCUGUCAUUUCAUGGACUGAUUUAAAGGCAUCGGGUCUGUCCCUGCCGCUAAAACCUACAAAGCUCACACUACAAACCUACAGCAAGGAACUACUACAGCCCUUGGGUUAUGUAAAACCCCUUGUUACAUUAGGCAACCGCAGUCAAAGUCGACGCCUUUAUGUUGUAAGGAAUGGAGGUCCUCCGCUGUAUGGAAGGGACUGGAUCAAAGCCCUGGGCAUGCCUCCUUUUACCAUUGCCCAAUGUACAUUGCUUUCUAAAGUAGACCAUUGGGUGGAAUCCCUGAAGUCACGUUUUAACGAGGUUUUUGAGGACUCUUUGGGCACCGUAAAAGGAAAGAUGGCCCACCUCCUCUUGAAGCCUGGUGCUACACCUCGUUUUUGUAAGGCAAGAUCAGUACCUUUUGCCUUGCGAAAAAAAGUGGAAGCAGAGCUGGACCACCUAUUGGCUGAAAAGAUCAUAACGAAAGUGGAUAGAAGUGAAUGGGCAUCACCAAUUGUGCCUGUCAAGAAAAAGAAUGGAGACAUUAGGAUUUGUGGUGAUUUCAGGGUAGCUCUGAACAACCAACUUCUUGUGGAUCAAUACCCAUUGCCUCGACUUGAAGAUUUAUUUGGCUCACUGGCUGGGGGGCAAAAGUUUACAAAAAUAGACUUAAAGCAAGCUUACCUGCAACUGCAAGUACACCCAGAUUCACGCCAUCUGUUGACCAUUAACACUCAUAAAGGAUUAUUCCAGUAUAACCGCAUGGUUUUUGGCAUAGCCCCAGCUCCAGCCAUCUGGCAGCGGAUCAUGGAUGAGGUACUGGCAGGAAUACCUUUCACCCAAUGUCUACUGGAUGACAUGCUCAUCACUGGUCCCACUGAUGAAGAACACAGAAAGAAUGUUGAAGCUGUGCUAGAGAGACUCCAAAAGUAUGGUUUGCGUGUCAAUCUGUCAAAAUGCGAAUUUCUCAAGUCUCAACUGGAGUUUUGUGCCCACACGGUGGACCGACAUGGGUUACACACUACUGAAGAAAAGGUUAAAGCCCUUACCCAUGCCCCUACCCCCCGGAAUGUCACCCAGCUCAGGUCCUACCUUGGCCUCCUAAAUUACUACCACCGUUUCUUGCCGAACCUAGCACACCAGCUCUACCCAUUACAUCGCUUACUGGAUGCAAGAGCUAAAUGGAUAUGGACAGACAAAUGUGAAGAAGCUUUUCGGCUUUCUAAAGAACUCAUUCUGUCUUCUCGAGUUCUGGUCCACUAUGAUUUAAAGAAACCUGUCAUCCUGGCUUGUGAUGCCUCGCCUUAUGGACUGGGUGCCGUGCUUUCCCAUGUCAUGCCGGAUGGCACGGAGCGCCCCAUUUCUUUUGCCUCCAGGUCUUUAACCUCAGCAGAACAAAACUACUCCCAGAUUGACAAGGAAGCUUUGGCCAUUGUAUGGGCCACAAAAAAAUUUCACGCGUACAUCUAUGGUCGGGAGUUCACACUUAUCACUGACCACAAACCUCUGUUGUCAAUACUGAACCCUCAGAAAGGAAUUUCUACAACAACCGCAUCUCGCUUACAAAGGUACGCUUUAUUUUUAGGAGCUUAUGCUUAUUCUAUCAGAUACCGCUCCCAUGAUACCCAUGGCAAUGCAGAUGCAUUUUCCAGAUUGCCACUAAGAGAUGACCACCCACUAAGAGAGGUACGUGUAGUGGAAGUACACAGGCCACAAUCUUGCAUGUCCACCUCCCUGAUUGCCAGACAUACAGCCACAGAUCCUUUCCUGUCUCAGAUAUUCUCUUAUGUUCAGACUGGAUGGCCAGAGAGAGUUUCAGGUGAAUUUCGUCCGUACUUUGCCAGAAAAUGUGAGCUUGUGACUAAUGCUGGUUGCCUACAAUGGGGCAAUAGAGUGAUUGUACCCCAGUACUUGCAAUCAACCAUGCUAAGGAUACUGCAUGAAGGCCAUCCUGGUGUGGUGCGCAUGAAGCAGCGAGCCCGGAGCUAUGUUUGGUGGCCACAAAUGGAUACAGCAAUUGAAGAUUAUGUUGCUCAAUGUCCUGGGUGCUGUCAAGCCCAGCGACCCCAAAAGAGAGGAACCCUGCAACCUUGGCCAUGGCCAACAGAACCGUGGUCCAGACUCCAUCUUGAUUUUGCUGGCCCCAUCCAGGGUAAAAUGUAUUUGAUCGUGGUAGAUGCGCAUUCAAAAUGGCCGGAGGUUUUUCAAAUGCCUUCUAUUACCUCAGCUGCUACCAUUCUAGUCUUAAGGAAGCUCUUUGCUCAAUAUGGCUUGCCAACAGCCAUAGUCUCCGACAAUGGAACUCAAUUUACAUCGCAUGAGUUUCAAUCCUUCCUUAGUGGCCUGGGCGUCCAACACUACAAAACAGCUCCUUAUCAUCCAGCUUCAAAUGGGCUGGCAGAACGAUUUGUGCAGACAUUUAAGAAGCACUUACUGUCCACUCUGGACCAGGUUGGACUGUCAGAAGAGAAGCUGCUGGAAUUCUUGAUCAUGUACCGUAACACGAAACACGCUACUACUGGGCUGUCACCGGCUUUUCUUAUGUUUGGCAGGCAUCUCCGCACCAAACUUGAUUUAGUUCGUCCGCAGGAACAGUCACCAACACCUCCUCCGCCGGGCCGUCUGGGAUUCCGUGCCGGUGAUCUUGUAUGGUCUCGGAAUUACAGAGCUUUGCCUCCUUGGCUUCCUGGCGUUAUUGAUGGAACGUUUGGCAGAAGAAUGUACCUUGUCCGCCUGGAGGAAGGCAUUUGUGUUCGGCGACACCUUUCACAAUUGAGGAAACGCAUUUGCCGGCCACUAGUGACAAAACCGACCCCUCUUUCUAACCACCCACCAGAGUCUACUCUGAACUCUGCUGGUGACAUAUGGCAUGGUGUCUGGCAUGAUCCCACAAGUUUACAACCAAACCCUGAACCGGUUGGUGACCAGAUUCCUGAGGAGCCCGGACAUGUGCCUGGAGUUACAGAGACUGAUUUGUCUGUGGGACGCCCACUGACAUCUCCAGAACCUUUGACUGACUCUAUCCCUCCCGGUGCUGUGCCUCUGCGUAAGUCUACCCGUCAAAGACGUCAAACGCCGCGCUGGCAAAGUGCUGAAAUCUUACGGGACACAUUGGAGGUCAGGGAACAGAGACAAAGGGCUCAUGAAGUGCUGCGGAAAUCACAGAACUGA